AUGAAAUACUCCACCGCUCUUCUCGCCCUGAUCGGCCUCGCCGCUGCGGCACCUUCUUCCGACCUCGCCAGACGUCAGAUCACCUCCGACGAACUUAUCAAGGGAGGAUGCAAGAAGGUCGUCUUUGUUUGGGCACGCGCCUCGACUGAACCCGGCAACAUGGGCAUGAGCAUGGGUCCCAUCGUAUGCUCUGGUUUGAAGAAGAAAUUCGGCUCGAACAGCGUUGCCUGUCAGGGUGUCGGAGGUCCUUAUUCAGCGGGUCUGAUGGACAACGUGCGGUCGGAUGGCACCACUGAAGAGGCCGUCAACGAGGCCGUCAGCAUGUUUACCAAGGCCAUUCAGUGUGAGGGCGCUCUCGUCGUCGGUGGUGGAUACAGCCAGGGUACCGCCGUGACUGGGAAUGCGGUCAUGAAACUUGAUAGUGCCGCGAAGGAGAAGGUCCUCGGUAUCGUGCUAUACGGAUACACCAAGAAUGGUCAAACUAAAGGGUCCAUUCCCGGAUAUCCCUCCGACCGCCUCAAAGUCUUCUGCCGUGACGAUGAUGGAGUCUGUGACGGCCAGCUCAUGGUGACUAUUGGUCACUUUGGAUACCUUAUGGACGACAGUGGCGAUGAGGGUAUCGCCUUCCUAACUCAAAAGAUCCAAGCAGCUUCCUCGGGCUAG